UUCCAUGCCUCCCACAUCUCUCUCAUAAAUCGAGUGUAAACUCUGGCUUCCUGAGUUGAAAUACCUCUCCUGUGAUGCUUCAUGGCCAAAGUCAGAAUGAGGUCACUGUCGCUUUAAGAAGCAUCCUGCUCGAGCUCUUUGACUUCUGUGAGCACUGCUCAGAUCUUCGUCCACAAAGCUGCUGAUGUGCAGAGAAAGAGGACAGGAACACAGAAAGAGUCCAGAUCACUGAUUCACACAUGGCUGUGACAUCCCAUGAAGGUCUGUUGUAUGAAGAUUAACUUUAUUUGUCAGGACUCACCCUCACAGUGGAUGGAGGAGGUAGUCUGGUUUAGUCCAGCGGGGAACAGUUCUCCAUCAUGGAUCCGUUCGAAAAGCUGAGCAGAGAGAAAUUGAUCUUCUAUCUGACAGUGCCGCUGUCUUCAAUCAUCAUCUUCUCCAACCUCUUCAUCAUAAUAGGCAUCGCCUGCAACCGUCAGCUGCAUAACACCCCAAAUUACUUCUUCCUGAGCUUGCUGGUGGCCGACUUGUGCACUGGCAUCACCCUGCCCUUCAUUCCCCGCAUGACGCUCGACCGGCAGCUGGAUUUCAAGCACUGCUUGGUGAUGUACAUCUUCCCAAACUUUCUGUUCCUAUCGUUCCUCUUCAAUCUGGUGAUGGUGCAUUACGAACGCUACCUGUGCAUCGUCAGCCCGCUCCAUCACAGCCAGUUCUGGGUUCACCGCUGCUUCCCACUGGCCUUGUUGAUCGUCUGGCUCCCGCCAUUGCUGUACGCAUCACUUCCUGCCUUUGGAUGGAAUAACUGGGUUGAACCCAGUGCCUACAAGAGCUCAGACUCAAACGAGACGUUCUUGAGAUCAACCACAUCUCGUAACUCUUCCAAAGAGGAUGAGGUUUGCUCCUACAAACAGGUUUUUCCCAAGGCCUUUAUUUAUUUGGAAGUGUGCGGACUGGUGCUUCCGGCCAUGCUGUCCAUUGUAGCCAUGAUGGGACGGGUGUUGUGGAUCGCGCGCAAGCAGCUGCAGAACAUCUGUAAGCUCCACCGCGCCGUGGACCGUCUUCAGCAGCAGCAGAAGCCAUCUGACCAUGAGCAGCAACUUAACAUGCGCUACGCCAAAUGCAUGGCUGCUGUGUCUCUCACGUUUCUGGUCUGCUGGGUGCCGUAUAUCAUCUACCAGCUCAUGUCUGUGACGGCUCUGCAGACCGGGGUGAGCUUGCCAAACUCUACUCUGUACAUCAUCAUGUCCUGUACGGGAAUCGGAAGCAUGGCUGUCAUUCCGCUCAUACUGGGACUGGCCAACAAGCAGUACACUGAGCCCAUCAGCAGGGUGAUGCUUAAACUGAGAAACCGCUGGAGAGGAGGACAAAAUAACAGAGAUAUCACACUUUGACAAGUGGACAGUGAGUAGAUAGGAUGUUUCAGUUGAAUGUGUAAAGUUCUGCUGUGCAUUAAAUGCUUUAAAAAAAAAUACACUACUGUUUAGAAGAUUGGGGUUGGUUAGAUUUGGAGUGUUUUCAAAAAAAAAAAAAAAAAAGUCUCACCAAGGCUGUAUUUAUUUGAUAAAAAACUGCAUAAAGUAUUGUGAAAUAUUAUUACAAUUCCAAAUAAGUGUUUUCUAUUUGAAUAAA